GAGGAUAUUGGGGCUCAGGGCUAUUGUGGGAGUUUUUCUCUUUAAUUCCCCACGUGGGGGAGUAUCAGCUACAGUUACUCAGUAGGGAGGGUGGGCCCUCUGCACAUGCUCAGGGGUACUUCCCUACGAGAUACCCUUUCACAUCUCUUUUGGUAAAGAAGCGGCCGGUCAGAGAAGGUAUGGUCUGGGGAUGUGGCAAGAGGGCCGCAGCAGGCAGAAGAGCACCCGCGGGGCCGUUCACGCACCUGGGAUUCAAAGCCUCCUUGCCUGCCCACCUGAACUGCCAAUUAUUAUGUCUUCCCUAAAGAGCUCUUGAGAGCUGCUACUUGGCCCAGGAAGGGUCUCCCUCCUACCGGCCCUUCCAAGGGCUGGUGGGUGGCUGUGCCGUCUCCGUCCUGUGCAGCCUGAUGAAGAUAUACCUCUACAUCGCCUGUCUGAAUGACCCUGACCGGCAGAAAGAGAAGGAGGUAAUCCGUCAACAGUGGUCUCUCCUUGACCAACUGCACCUCUUGGUGCUGACUGGGACCUUCAUGGUGGUCGGGUACCGAGUGGCUGCCUUGGUGGUUCUGGAGUUCUCCCUCCGGGCCGUCUCUACAGUCCUCUCCCUUGACAAGGGGCGGCGUAGCAGCCAGCUCUACUUGCUCUGCCAGUAUUCCCUGGGCUGCGGGAUCUCCUGCAGCCUCAGCUACCUCCAGGAGGGGGCACCCCGCCGCACGUGGAACCUGCUGCUUAGCGCGGGUCUGGCCAUCCUCCUGGUCCGCUAUGUCUGGCGCCUGGCCCACCAUGUCUUCGCUAUGUUCGAGCUGCACUGCCAGGGACGCUACUGUGGGGCCUGCCUCUUCCUCCUCACCACCUGGCACGGCAUCCCCCACCUGCUCUGCAAUGCCCUCAAAGUCACCUUCGUGGUGGCUGACUUAGCUGCCGUGGCCCUCAUCAACCGGGACUUCCUCACCACCUCGGAGGCCAUCCGCUUCUGGACCCCGCUGACCAUUUGCUACACCCUCCUUGUUAUCUACAUGCAGGAAGAGCAGCGGCAGAACCCGACAGAGCAGAUGGCGUACCAGACGGUCUUUGUCAGGAUGGGGGGGCUCCUGAUCCUCCUGAUGACCGUGGGGCGGUGGAUGGACAUUGUGAACGUCCUCGUCUCGCUGCUUGGGGAGAUCUGGUGCCUGACGCGGGCAGGAAUCAUGCUGGACAUCUGCAGGAAGCAGGAUUAUUCUCAAAGAUUCACCCACUCAAGCCAUCACAAAGACCCUCCAAAAUCCCAACGGACAGCAACAUCCUGAAGCACGAAGGUGACAGGGGAGGAAGCUGGCAGGGAGCCUGUGACUGGGGCGGGGGGGGCAAUCUAUGGGCCAGAUUUGGCCCACAACUUGAUUCCAUCCGGCCACAGCGUUGGCCCACUCUGGACUCUCUGGGCACAGUGCUGGAUGUUGGAAAGAUGUUUCAUGUCUGUCAGUUUAUUAAAUGGAGAUUUUUGUUUUGCUUGUUA